AAAUUUAGUGCGCGAUUACCGAAAUAUCAAUUGAUUUCACUUCAAUUUGAGGGACGGAAAUCAAUUAUUGCAUUAAUAUUGUGUGUGCAUUUGCACACAAACCAUAUUAUCUGUUAGUCACUUUAAUUAGGUUUUUCAAAGAGGCGAACAACCAGAUAUGGGGAAACAGCUUGAUUUGGGUAAAAAGUUCGAGUACGACCCUACGUUUACAGGCCCAGUCAAACGUCGUUCUUGCACCGAUAUCAUUUGCCUAUUUAUCUUUUUGGGAUUCAUUGUAGGAUGGGCUGUCUUAGGAAUUUGGGCUUUAAAAUAUGGAAAUCUGAAAAAUGGAUUGAAUAAUGGCAGGGAUUCAUCGGGUCAACGAUGCGGCAUCGAUCCCACAGUUGAAAAUUUACCAUAUCUGUUUUAUUUCGACGUGACCGAAUGUCAGAGUUCCACGGUGCCCUAUUUGGGAUGCUCAACUAAACAGGUUUGUGUUUCACAAUGUCCCAAUACGACGUUUUAUGAUACAAAUGAAAUACCAAAAGUAAUAGCUAUACCUUAUUGUACGUACGAGCAAAGAAAAAAGAACACAUAUGACGAGACGAACUGUCCAAAAUGGUUUGUGCCAAGCGAAGAAGUUCAUAAUAGAUGCUUACCAUCAUUAUCGACGCUCAACAAUAAAACCUUGACAGAAAUUGAAAAAACUAUAGAAAAUUUUUCAUCCAUACAUCUGGGCUUAUGGGCAUCAAUUAAUACAGGCAGCACCCAAAUCAGUAAUUCAGGAAACCAUUCGGGGUUCAAUACUAUAACUGCAGAAUUCGUGGACUCUUGGUGGAGAAUCCUGAUUGGUGUAGUAGUUGCUUUUGUGUCUAAUAUGACGUAUAUUUUAAUGCUAAGAUGGUUCGCUGGUUUUAUGGUAUGGUUUUCAAUCGAUGUAGGGGUCGCUGCUUUGGCUGCAGUUACGAUUUAUUUCUGCAUCUUGUGGCAGAAUUCUAAGGGCGGAAUGAACGACAACGAAGACUCUUUUCUAGCCUUGUUUAUCAUAUCUGCAAUUUUUUUGGUCCUCAUUAUUCUGCUGUUGAUUGCCUUAAGGAGCAAAAUCAAAUUGGCCAUCGCUCUGAUGCGAGAAGGAAGCAAGGCUAUAGCUUCCGCAACGUCGGUCCUGUUUUUCCCAAUUUUGCCGUUAGUUCUUCAAAUUGCGGUAACAGCAUAUUCUAUAUUAGUGUGGGCGUACUUAUACAAUACCCCCAAGUCGAAACUUGCCAAUGUUCCAUUCGUUUUUUACAUCCUCAACAUCUUCGGUUUCUUCUGGUCGACGUGGUUCGUAUCUGCACUGAGUCAAAUGGUACUCGCUCAAGUUUUCGCCGAAUGGUACUGGACCAUGAGAAAGCGCAACCUACCAUUUUUCGCUUUGACUGCCGCAUUUUAUAGAACUAUCAGGUAUCAUCUUGGAACAUUGUCAUUUGGUUCAGUUAUCAUAGCGAUCAUCGGAACGCUCAAAUUUUUGUUGAAGAAUCGUUUGAAAAAAGUUUGGGGUCUCGGCAUCAUUUGCAGAUCCGGGUGUGAGUGUUGUUUCGAUUUAUUACCGAAAUACGUCACGAAAAAUGCUUAUAUCAUGUGCGCAAUCCACGGUCAGAACUUUUGCAGGAGCGCCAAAGACGCCUUUGCGCUUCUCAUGAGGAAUAUCGUUCGAGUUUUUGUGUUGAAUAAGGUUACAAAUUUUGUAUUUUUCAUCAGCGAAGUUCUGAUAACAGUCGGAGUAGGUGCCGCCGCGUAUUUAUUCUUGAUGAUUGAGAAUUCUCAUUUGAAAGACGAUGGGAUACCAGUAAUAAUACUAAUCAUGAUUAUAACGUUUUUGAUUUCCUGUUUGUUCUUUAACGUCUACAGCGUGGCCAUAGAUACGAUAUUCUUGUGCUUCUUGGAAGAUUGCGAAAGGAAUGACGGAAAGGAGAGGCCUUAUUACAUGUCCAGAAAUUUGUGGAAAAUCCUCAUGAAAAAGAGCAAAACUCCUAAGUACGAAUAGAAUAAAAUAUGUAUUAUUUUUAUUCUAUAGAAGUUUUUUGUUGUGAUAAUUUUAUAUUUUAUGUUUUUACACUAUUCACAAUUAAUUAUAAAUAAAUUCAAAAAAAAAAAAACAUUCAAAGAUUGCUUUGAUUAUGAAAACGUACGUCGCACGAUUGUUUCUUUAUUGGUUAGGAUUUUUGAAAUGACAUAUUAAAGUUCAUUGACAAUAUUAAAGAAAAAUAUUGAUCAGAGGUGCGUUUAAAAAACCAUAGCAAUCUUUGAUUGUAUUUUUGUUGAAGACCCGUUAUGUUUAAUCCAUUUUAGCAAUAGGUAGUCAUUAAUUACCUACAACUUUAAAAUAUCUGACAAUAUUACCGUAUUUGACAUUUUCAGAUUGUUUCAAAUAAUUAUCAAAAUUAGUUAUCAAAUUAAAACCAUGAAACAAACUAUAUAGUCUAAGAGCCAGCGCCGAAAAAAUUCUCUGAAUUUACUAAAGCUAGUUUUUGGACAGUUGAUUACAGUAUUUACGUACAUAAACAUACCGCGGUCAGUCAAGCGAAACUUGGGACAAGGACCUAGGGUGUCUUGUUAAAGGUGUCGAGAUAACUUGGGUAAUGCAACGAAUUUACUAAAGCUGAAAAUCGUUAUACAUAUUAUAUAUAACAUAUAAAUAACAGUAGUGUUAGUCAGUCAGUUGAAUAGCGGGACAGUGCUGGUCAGUCAGCCCGAAUAAAUGUAAAAAUCUGCAAAAAAUAUUAAUAUUACUGAAC